CAGCCGGCAGGCGCCAUGAUUUCGGCUGCCCAGCUUUUGGACGAGCUGAUGGGCCGGGAUAGGAACCUGGCCCCGGACGAGAAGCGCAGCAACGUGCGGUGGGACCACGAAAGCGUUUGCAAAUACUACCUUUGUGGAUUUUGUCCUGCUGAAUUGUUCACAAACACCCGUUCUGACUUAGGCCCGUGUGAAAAAAUUCAUGAUGAAAACCUCAGAAAACAGUAUGAGAAGAGUUCUCGGUUCAUGAAAGUAGGCUAUGAAAGAGACUUCCUUCGCUAUUUACAGAGCUUGCUUGCAGAAGUUGAACGCCGAAUUCGAAGAGGCCAUGCCCGCCUAGCAUUGUCCCAGAAUCAGCAGUCUUCAGGUCAAGCAGCAGGACCUACUGGUAAAAAUGAAGAGAAGAUUCAGGUCUUAACUGACAAAAUUGAUGUACUUCUACAACAGAUUGAAGAACUGGGUACUGAAGGAAAGGUGGAAGAGGCUCAAGGCAUGAUGAAACUCGUAGAACAGUUAAAAGAAGAGAGAGAGUUGCUCAGGUCUACAACUUCAACAAUUGAGAGCUUUGCUGCUCAGGAAAAGCAGAUGGAAGUUUGUGAAGUUUGUGGAGCCUUUUUAAUUGUAGGAGAUGCACAGUCCAGGGUAGAUGAUCACUUGAUGGGGAAACAGCAUAUGGGCUAUGCUAAAAUAAAGGCUACAGUUGAAGAAUUAAAAGAAAAAUUAAGAAAAAGAACUGAAGAGCCUGAUCGUGAUGAGCGAUUAAAAAAAGAGAAACUAGAACGAGAAGAGCGAGAGAAGGAACGUGAAAGAGAGGAAAAGGAAAGAAAACGGCGGCGUGAAGAAGAAGAAAAGGAAAAAGAGAGAGUACGUGAUAGAGAGAGGAGAAAGAGGAGUCGUUCACGAAGCAUACAUUCAAGCAGAACCUCUGACAGGAGAGGAAGUCGAUCAAGGGACCAUAAAAGAUCAAGAAGCAAGGAAAGAAGGCGAAGCAGGAGUCGAGAUCGGCGCCGAAGUAGAAGUCACGAUAGGUCAGACAGAAAACACAGAUCGCGUAGCAGGGACAGAAGGCGGUCAAAGAGCCGGGAUCGGAAAUCUUACAAGCACAGAAGCAAAAGCAGAGACAGAGAACAAGACAGGAAAUCUAAGGAGAAAGAAAAGAGGGGAUCUGAUGAUAAAAAAAGUAGUGUGAAGUCCAGUAGUCGAGAAAAACAGAGUGAAGACACAAGCAUGGACUCCAAGGAAGGCGAUGCUAAGAAUGAGGUCAAUGGGACCAGUGAAGACAUUAAAUCUGAAGUUCAGCGUAAGUAUGUACAGAUGAAGACGGAGCUAAGCCAAGUAUGAAGAGAUACUAAAGCACCUUCUGAAGGAAAACAGUGUAGCCCUGCAAAAUCUUUUGAGGUACAUUGUUUUGUAUCGGCUAUUUUGUAGCAGACUCAUACCCCCGUUAGUGUGCCUCUUGGGAACAUAUUUGUAAUAUAGUCACCGUAGAAGUUAAUUAUCCUAUUUUUAUUUUUAGGGGAUUUGUUAUCUUUUUUUAAAAAAACAACUUGAACUGAUUUUGUAAUUAAGUCCAUAUUGUGUUGGUGCAUCAGAAACAUUUGCUUUAAUACUUAAUAUUUGAGGCACAUGUUGGACUAUUUUGUUUUUAUAUAAACUGCUAGUGUUUCUUUGUCAAGGAUGUUUCUAGUUUUUUUGCUUUGCCUUGCAUUCUAAUGCAGUUUGUUCUGUAACUCGAGAGCCAGUAGCAUUGGAUUGAUGGAAGUGUAGGGUUUAUGAAUAAUUGCAGCUGACUACCAUACCUCACACAGCGUUGGUGUUGUGAGCGGCCCAUGAAAAGCCAAAUUAAAAAUCAAGGAUUCAGUCAAUCUAAGCAGGUACUCAUGCCAGGUACUCCUUUCUCUACCCACAUCCAUGUUUGAAUGCUGUUGCCUGUAAUCUUUAAGCUUACUGUUUUGUGUUUUAUUUACAAAAAGUGACAAAGAAAUCAUUGAACAUAUUUUGUGAAAAAUUGUUAACAUGUAAUUAACUUGAUGGAAUUUUCUUUCAACUGUGUGUAGGGAUGCAGUGCUGCCCAGAAUUAGAUAUUAAGCGUAAUAAAUGCAAUAAAUACUACAUAAUAAUCGCCUUGUUACAUUCAAUGCAUUUCAAGUCUUUAAGAGGUAUGUGUUUAUAAUUUCCUACUGCGUAGGAGAAUUGCCAGGCAGCCAUGGCACACAGCGACCUAUACUGGCUGAUACCAGACUUGGGAGGCAAAUGAAAAUAAAGGCCAAUUCAGAUACACCCAAUAGGUAUAAAUAAAUGGCAAGAAUGUAUACAGCCACAUCACAUAAUUAAAUGGAAUUAAAAUUUAAAUAUAACCACCCCAUUCUAUGAUUUUCAGGGUUAUUCCUUAAUAAGGAAUUAACUCAACUAAAAUUAUCUGACGAAUUUAUUCCUUUGAAAGAUGAAUGUUAACAUAUGCUAUAACUAUCUCCUAAGAGCGGCUAAACACU